AUGUCUAUACAAAUGAGUGACUAUUUUGGUGAAAUGGCUAAACAUGAAAACCAAAGUCCAUCAAUAACUCGAGUCAAGAGUAUCUAUGAGUAUGAAUAUACAGUUAGUCCCCAACAAAGUCAAAGCACCGGUAGAUUAAAUGAAUUCACGGGUCGUAAUGAUGAAGAAGCGUUGAAUUUAUAUAAGGAAUAUAAAGACUCCAUUUAUGUCGACAGAUAUUAUAACUCGUCAUUUGCAUUGAAUAUACCGUUAUUCACAGUGACUUUACCGGGAAGAGGUCGGGGCGUACACUCACCCGGUCCUGGAUCGUCGUCUACACUUAAUAUCGGCUCAUCUAUAAUCCUAUCGGGUAUGAUAUUAGGCGGCAUUGCUUUAUUUGCUCCGAUAAUAUUUCCCGAAAGUCGGCGCAGUUUUGAGAGAGCGCUGGACAUCGAGUCUAUGAAUAACUUUGUUAAUCAACAAAUGGAUGACUUCUCAGAGCACGUCUUCGGCCAAAAGCUAAACCCAAAACAACGCAAAUCAGUAUUCAAAACACUGGAGAAGCAGUUCUCACUUUUGUCGACUAAUAUUAUACAUUCAAUGCACGAAUCGAUUAAAGAUUUGCCACAUUUUCCGGGCAAAAGACUCGAGGAAUGUAUCAAAUGGUCUGUUUGUGAUUCACAUAAAAGACUCAAAAAGUAUGGAUAUUUGGGACGACUUUUUCGCUCAAUAUUUCCACACAAAAGUCUUGAUAAUAAUGAAUCAGAAGUAUUAUCUAAUUAUCUAAAGCCUGCAAAACACGGAAGAGAUGUUAGUGUUGACUGCGAUGACAUUUAUGACGACUGUUCACUCAAUAUUGUCGAAACGUGUAUUGAAUUAAAAUGCAAUUCACUGCUAAAAGAAACACAAAUAGUGGCCAAAAAUGCUGAAUACGAGAGCAGUGAUGGCAAACAAAGCCAUGAGAUAUAUAGACCACAAACAUAG